GCAUCUGUUCUUUGUAUCUUUUUAUUUAUUUAUUGCAAAUGUCUGUAAUAUAUUACAAGUUUAAAGCAGCCAAAGAUUCCGAUUAUGAUGUGUUUACUUUUGAUGGAGCUGGUGCAACUGUGUUUGACGUGAAGCGAGAGAUCAUUAGAGCAAAGAAACUGGGCAAAGGCACGGACUUUGAUCUAGCCAUAUACAAUGCGCAGACAGACGAAGAAUACAAAGACGAUGUUUUUGUAAUUCCUCGAAAUACUUCGGUCAUCGUGCGACGAUUACCUCCUUCUCGACCUGGAAAAGGUACAGCACAGCGAUAUGUAUUGGGAGCUUUGCCGACAGAUGGCAAAGGAAUGGGGAGCAGUAGCGUAGGUAUGCUGAAGAGUGGACCUCUUGUUUCGCAACCAACCGAACGAUUCAGUGGUGGAGGACGAAACAUGGUUUUCAACGCACAGCAAUUCAAGCAAUCGCCAAAAUCGGUGACUCCUGUUGCCGCAGCAGAUGAAACUCCCUCAGCUGCCGGUACAGAAGGAUCUACACCCAAUGCACCGCUCGAUGAUUCCGAAGAAGCACGUAUUCAAGCCAUGUUUCAGCAAACCACCGACCAGUGGGGCGCCAUGCAGGAAAAAUUAGCCGAGCAAACAUAUAUCCCAUACAUUCCUCGAGGCAACGAUUAUAGACGCGGUCGAGGAGGUUAUCACGGUGGUGGCACACCUCGUGAAGGCAGUACGGACAACAAGGAUGGUGCGAAUCAGAUGCCGAUAAGAGUUCCUCCACCAACUUAUGUCUGCUAUCGAUGUGGACAGAAGGGUCACUAUAUCAAUCAAUGUCCCACAAAUGGCGAUAAGGAUUAUGAUAAGCAUCCACGUAUCAAGCGAACGACUGGUAUUCCUCGCAGUUUCUUAAAGGUCAUCGAAGAGCCAAAAAACGCAGUGAAAUCUGGGACCGGCGGUUUGAUGGUCACACCUAAAGGUGACAUUGUCGUUGCACAGGCCGAUUCGUCCACGUGGGACAAGCAUGUAGCGAAAGCGGCUACGACAAUUAAUCUGGGUACCGCAACGGCCGGCGACAUAUUGGACUACUAUGAAUCGAUCCCUGUGCCUUCCUAUUUAGCAUGCCCUCUCUGUGAAGGUGUUCUCCGUGAAGCCACCAUUACGCCGUGUUGCGGCACCACUUUCUGUGACGAAUGCAUACGCGGCUACAUGUUGGAAAAUGACUUUGCUUGCCAGGAUUGUAAAGCCCCGAUUCCGAAUGGUCUGGACGGCCUUAUUGCAAAUAUGGAUAUUCGAGACUGUGUAGAAAACUAUAUUCGAGAUUAUGCAAGAAAUCACUAGACAAUAUUAUACAUCUUUUGCAU